GAAACGGAACAACCCACGUGACACACAUCCCGGAAGUUGUUUUUAGCGGUGAAAACCGAAUUAUUAUUAUUGUCGCUAUUAUUAUUUAUUGAUUACAUUUUGAAAAUGACGAUGCUUCCACCGCAUGCAGUCUUUCACUUUCCGUGGGAGUUAAACUGUCUUGGAGAAGGAAAAUCAGUCCGGACGUUUGGAAGACUCAGCUGUUAUGAAGCCGACACGUCUAGAGCCACUCUCUCAUGUCAGCAUGCUUCUAAAGAGCACCAUGUGUUUGUCCGCACCUCGUUUGUGGAACCUUUUAACCCAAUAAUUGGAGCACAGUAUCUGGUUUUGGGUGAAACUGAGACUUAUGAAGGGUUUGGGGUGAUGAUCUGUGCUCGCGUGCUGAGCUGUGUUGACGGUGUAAACAUUGCCCUUCUGCAGAAAGCCAUCGAGGGGCAAAGGAGCUUCUUCAGAGAGAGAGAGCACACAGACGGUGGCGUGGCACAACCUGCAGAAGCAAUCUGAUCAGGAUCUUCACUCCCCCAGUUACCCAGACUGCUCUUUGACGGCCAAGGCGGCUUUUUGGAGCAAUUAAAAGCCAAAGUUAGUCAGUCUGAUGUAGAAAACCUUUGUUCUCUGAAGAGUUACUGGAUAAUAUACUGGCUCCAAUGUUUAGAUGUUAUGUUUUUGCCUCGCUUUCCAGCAUCAAAACAUUCCACACCGACUGCCUGCAUGUGAGAUAAUCUUGUUUCGCUGUACGAUGCUGAUCAACAUCUGUUUUUAUUUUUUUCAGUCAGACCAGGAUCAGCAAAUGUAUACAUUUAUCAAAAAAUGAACAAGAUCCUCCUGGAAAAAAAUCGAAAAGUUUGAGAGCGGGACUGAAAAUAACUUCCAAAAUAACAAGCGUCCAAAUGAAAAAUUAAUUUCCAUUGUCAACGGUUUCAAGAUUUCAAGAUUUCGUUAAAAGUAAGACUUUUGAAUCAAAACAAAAAGAAGCGAUGGAUGGAUUGAGUUUCAUACCAAGAACUUUCUGUUUAUAGCAGACAGCAGUAAAACACUUGAGGUAGGUUUAUGGAAAAUUAAUAAAAUACUUCAUUCUUGA